AUGGCGUGGAAACAAGAGGGAGAAGACGGCUAUUUGCGUGGACGAUGGAAGUGGAAGAAGAAAUGGGUCCACGUUGCGCCGUCCAGCGCCGCAUCCAACGCCCAUUCCCACUCCCAGCGCCACACCAACGCCAAUACCAUCAACGCCAAUGCCACUGCCACUGCCACUGCCACUGCCAAUGGGACUAACGCUUCACAUCUUUUGCUCUACAAGUGGACGCCAAUUACCCAGAGUCUCAACAAUGGCAACACUGACGACAAGAACGCCGGAAAAGAAGAGACCCCACCGGUGGUUGAGGAGCCUCCUCGCCGGAAAUUUAAAUACAUGCCGAUUGCUGUGUUAGAGGAACAGAAAAACGAGGCUGCAGAAAAUGAAGCUUCUGAUAAAGUUGAAGAUGAAGCCAACAAAUCAUAUGAUGUUGAACCAAUGGCAAAUGCCAAGGGCGAGCUGCUAGAUGAGAAACCAGAUAUUAAUGAUGUGCCAAUGGAAGAAAGUCAGGACAACGAUCAUGCAGUUCGCCAAGAUUUGAAUGAAAGUACUUUGGAUUUAAGUCUGAACUUGAAUGCUCUCAACGACGACGGUGAAACUGGUUCGAAAGCUGAUCACAUUAGAGAUGGCAAGAGGAGGGGCUGACCUAAAAGGUGUGUUCAUUGCUUGGACCCGUCUUCAACGUCUUACAAGCAGCUGCAGUUUCGUCCUUCUCUUGUUGGAACUGAGUUAUGACAUCCCCAGAUCUCUGCUAAUCCUGGAACCAUAUGGUUCUCUAAUACUCUUUAGUAUGCUUGCUUAUUUGAGCUAAUUUUGAUUUGUCACAGAACAUAUACAGUUCCAAUUCUUUUAUCCUCGAGAUUUGAUAUCGAUAUUUUCCGGGCGCUUCAUAACUUACGGGACGUAGAAACUGUAAUGAUGAGAGCUGAAGGGAUUGUGUACUAUUAUGCAGAUGUUGAGGUUUUAGUCUUAAUUUGAUUUCAGUGUCUAAUGUUUUGUUUUAUGGACUCGGAAUCCCUGCUGGUUGAAUCAAUAUAUGAUGUUUUCUUUUUUC